AUCAUGCUCGAAAUUAUUGCAUUUUCGCUGUUGUACUGUGAUAAGAAAGUAGCAUGGCUAUUUGUUUAUCCUAUGUACACAACGGGUUACUUUCUCUGUUCAAGUAAACAAAAACUGACCCACCUCAGUGUAAAAGGGUAAGAGUGCAAAUGGAGAGUUUAUUAUGCACCAACUACAAAUUCACUACUAAUUCUGAAAAUUAUAUAAAAAAUACAAUGUUAUAGAUAGAUCGUAUGAUUUACUCAACUGGUCAGUAAUCAAAUGUGAACACAUUUAGCUAACGGUUUAAUUAUUAAUUAAUUUAGUUUAUGUAUACAAUUUAUAACAUCAAUGAACUAACCACUUCAAUUAAAAAUAUAAAUAAUUUACGGAGUCAUAUUCUUGAUUCAUUUCGACACUAACAUACUCGGAUUCUGUUCAUAGUUAACAUCUAAGUUUUGAUUCAGUUCCCAUGUUCGUCGUGACUACUUCAGUAUAGACUUGAUAAGCUCAGUAGUGUUUACCAUAUUUGUCUUAUUCAAAGUUAACCAUAUUGUUACUUACUUCCAACGUAAAGUUUACCUUAUACUGAGUUCCAGUUUCUUUUUUGUACCCAGAUGAUAAAUGUUUAACGAAGAAUCAAAAGGCUGAACCUUAGUUCUCAGUAAACAAGAUGGCUAAAGCUCGUAAAAUACCAAACGCCACCAAAGAAGAACUCAUGGUUUUAACCGUGAGUGAAAUAAUCUCACACCUUUUAAAAGCUAUUGAAGAGAAACGUGAUAUUGAUUUAAAUAAACUGAAGUCAGCAAUAUCUAGUAAAUAUGGCUUAGCCUCACAACCACGUCUGGUUGAUUUAAUCGCAGCUGUACCAACAGAACAUAGACAUGUGCUGUUGCCACAUUUGAAAGCGAAACCAGUUAGAUCAGCUAGUGGGAUUGUAGUUAUAGCAGUUAUGUGUAAACCUCAUCGAUGUCCUCAUAUAGCUGUGACCGGGAAUGUUUGCGUCUAUUGUCCAGGUGGACCAGAUUCUGAUUUUGAAUACUCCACACAAUCGUAUACUGGAUAUGAGCCCACUUCCAUGCGUGCUAUUCGAGCUCGUUACAAUCCCUUUAUUCAAACACGGCAUCGAAUUGAACAACUUCAACAACUCGGACAUACAUGUGAUAAAGUCGAAUUUAUUGUUAUGGGGGGAACGUUUAUGUGUCUUUCUGAAGACUAUCGGGAUUAUUUCAUUAGAAGCUUACAUGAUGCACUAUCUGGACACACAAGCCAAAACGUUGACGAGGCUGUUAGUUAUUCUGAACGAAGUAGAACAAAAUGUGUUGGAAUCACCAUUGAAACACGUCCAGAUUAUUGUUUAAAAAAACAUUUAAGUGAAAUGUUACGUUAUGGUUGUACACGGUUAGAGAUUGGUGUUCAAAGUGUUUAUGAAGAUGUUGCCAGAGAUACAAAUAGAGGUCAUACUGUUAAAGCUGUUUGUGAAUCAUUUCAUUUAUCUAAAGAUGCUGGAUUUAAAGUUGUUUCACAUAUGAUGCCUGAUUUACCAAAUGUUGGCUGGGAACGUGAUUUAGCACAAUUUGCUGAAUAUUUUGAAAAUCCAGCUUUUCGUUCAGAUGGUUUAAAAAUUUAUCCAACACUUGUUAUACGUGGUACAGGUUUAUAUGAAUUAUGGCGUACUGGUCGAUAUAAAAGUUAUCCACCUGGUAUGCUAAUCGAUUUGAUUGCCCGAAUAUUAGCGUUAGUCCCACCAUGGACUAGAAUUUAUCGUAUUCAAAGAGAUAUUCCUAUGCCAUUAGUAACUAGUGGUGUGGAACAUGGUAAUUUACGUGAACUUGUAUUAGCUCGGAUGGAAGAACUAGGUGCUAGUUGUCGUGAUGUUCGAACACGUGAAGUUGGCAUACAAGAAAUACAUUCACGUGUAAAACCAUAUCAGGUUGAACUUGUUCGUAGAGAUUAUGUUGCAAAUGGUGGUUGGGAGACAUUUUUAGCCUAUGAGGAUCCAUAUCAAGACAUAUUGAUCGGUUUAUUACGUUUAAGAAAGUGUUCAUUACAAACAUUUAGACCAGAAUUAAUCGCUACAAAACAUAAUAAUGAUGGUGAUGACGAUGACGAUGUUCAAGGUAAUAAAGAUCCUCGUUGUUCCAUUGUACGUGAAUUACAUGUAUAUGGUAGUGCUGUUCCAGUGGCUGCUAGGGAUCCCACAAAGUUUCAACACCAAGGUUUUGGAACUUUACUAAUGGAAGAAGCAGAACGUAUAGCUAAAUAUGAACAUGGUUCGUUGAAGAUUGCAGUUAUAUCCGGUGUGGGGACUAGAAACUACUAUCGAAAAUUGGGUUAUAAAUUGGAAGGUCCAUAUAUGAUCAAGUUUUUAUAAUGCACAUUUUAAAUAACUUGACAUACACUGACAAUAUUUCCUUCCCCCUCCCCAUUGAUUUUAUGUACAUUUUUUUUAUUCUCAAUAAUCACCCUCUAAUAAUCGUUUAUUACUAAUUUAUGAUCGAUUCGAGUUGUAUUUUUAGAAAAGGCUUCUGAGUAUAAUUAGACUUUACGAACGGUUUUUAGUGAUAACUUGAUGGUGAUUUGAUACCUGUACGUACAAAACACUUAUACUAGGUAUAAUGUUGGCAGCAUUUAAUACAGUGUCAUAAAUGAUAGGUUUUAAUAUCUCAUUUUUGGUAUAAGUUCCUGUAUGACUAAUUGAAUUUGAAUUGAAAACAAUAAUAUAAUCAAUGAAUGUGAAUGAAUUCUUGGUUUAAGGC